CAUAAUUUCAGAUAUUUAAUUUUUAUGACGCCUCUUUUGAACUCUGGCCAAAAGGACAACUAGCUUUGUAACCAAGCCAGAACAAUCACUGUUCUUCUUCCGGUGGAAGCAAGAUGGCAGGCGGUUUUUGCAGGGCAGUUUCUUCCGCGCUGUUUGAGUAUAACACGAGCAAAGUGGUUCAUAUUCAAAGCAAGACAAUUGGGAUCAUCAACCGACUGGUUCAGCUAACUAUAAUUUGCUACAUCAUCAUGUAAGUAUUCAUUUUCUCUUGGUGUAGUUGGUUUUGAAAACUGCGACGUGCUCACAUUCAGCCCGCGAAUAACUGCAAAACUCAAGUUAUCAAAUUUGCGAGUGUAUUGUACUUGCAGAUUUAUAACAUUACUUAAAAUGUUAAAUAAAACUUGGUAUCAGUGACUGGUAUGCUUUCAGAUCUUUACCUCAAUUUUUCUUACCUCAGUGACAAUAAUAGUAGCUAACGUAGUCUUGCAAUUUGAGCUAAUUAGUCUCGCUUGCGUAAGAGGCAGGACUCAUACUCUGCAACCCAUUUUUCUUCGUAUUUAUGGCACAAAAGGGGGUUCAUUGUGCCAGGCGUUCCUAGUGGAGACUGUGGAAUCAGGGAAUAAGAAUCAUUGCAUGACCAAAGCCACCCACGUUUUGCGAAGAAAGCUUAGGACAGAUUAAAUUUAGAGCUUUUCCAAAACCUGUCGGUCCAUGAAUUCUGAUGCUUGAAAGCGUUGAUUACUUUGGAACAAGUGAACACUACUGAAUGGUCGGAAAAAAAUAAGAAUCCUUUUUAGCACAACUGCGAUGGUUGGGUGUUGUAAACUUUCAUUGUUUACAAAUGAAUCUUGUGAUGAGCAUACGCUUUAUUUUCGGCGAUGAUUGAAAUGAAGUGCCAUGUAAAUCACUUUUUUGAUUUUUGUCAAUGUAAUUUAUCUGGAAUUGAGGCCCUUGAAUUUUCGUGUAUUUAUACACGUGUACAUAUAGGCUGUGCCCACAGACCAACCCUUCAAGUUGCAACCAUUUUGGUUGCCAUGGUGCCUAAAACUUUAAAGCUGGCGACUUGAUUUGUAAAAAGUCUUGCUAAACCAAAAGAAUUGGUCACCAAAUGGCGACCAAGCAAAAACUUUAACUUGGAGGGUUGCAGACGAAUUUGCAUUCGUCACUAACACGUGUACUAAAAUCAGUUCAGCAACAAAUAAAAAGUAAAUAUCCUGAAGAAUACUCGACGUCGAUAAAGUAGGAAGUAAAAAACCUUAAGUGAGUAAAUCUUGUUUGGUUGAGAAUUAAUCACCUCCUCAUUUCUCGAUCUAAUCUCCAAGCAAGCGAGACUGAACGCUGCUGUAAGAGUGUUCUUGUUUGUUCAUUCUGGUCCAUUCAAAAAGAAAAAGGGACUAAAAAUAGCUUUUGAAAUCAACUAGACCCUCAUAAUAGGGAUACAUUUGGCUACACAAUAUCAUGGUCUAAUAUGUUGGAAAGUGGGAUGAAAAUCACAAUUUUCCCCUGCUUGGGUAAAAACAUACUCCUGCCUCUUUACAGGGUUUUCAUUAAGAAUUCUAGUAUAAGGAGAAAGGUGUAAUGGUACAGGAAAAUAUUUUGAUAGAGGCUCCACAUCUGAAUAAAAAAUAGUCAUAGGCUGUUUUUAUUCUUCGAGCCUGAAUGGGCUCUGAGUCAAUAGCCCAUGAGGACGAAGGCCAAAUGGGCUAUUAACUCAGAGGCCAUGAGGGCAAGAGGAAUAACUGUUUUAGUAAAAUCCACCUAGUUGGUCAAGAAUAUCAAGAAUAAAAAAAGUUUAUCUAGUUGAAGCUAGACUUUAUUCCUUUUCUGCUGCCAAAAAGCCCACGCUUUUCGCUACUAGUGGGCUAUAACAUAAAAAUAGCCUAGUAGUAGCUCAACCAAUCAGAACACAGCAUUGAUAAUAGACCACUAGUUGGAUUUUACCAGAAACCUUAUGAGUUUCUGAUUUUACUAACAAACGUUAGUAGAAGGAGCUACAACCAGUAGCAAAAAUGAUGAGACACUCCCACGGAAAAACGACCUUUCUUGCUUCAAAUCGCUCCUGGUCACAGGUCUGUAAAAUAUAAUACUGACCUCCCUCCUCCCUCCCAUUCAAAGUUGUUCCUCCAAGUUUUGAGUAUGGUCUUGUAUUGCUAGCAACUUUGAUAAGGGGUGGAGGGGGGAUCACAAGCACAAGAUCAUGGACAGGCCAUUUAUGGCAAAAUACGGUACAGUGUCUCAAGUACUUUUGCAACUGGUUGUCUCAUUAUUUUAAGGUUUACUUCAACAAGCGAUUUCCACGUCUUAGAUUCCCAAAACGAAGACUACAGCGACAUAAAUAAAUAGAAUGACACUUUGUGUUGCUUUUCCCAGCCGAUACAUCAUUGUCAUUGAUAUCAAACUGCCUAAAAAAGCGCUUAAGAAUGUCGUGACUUGUCAAUUUUGCCUCAGUUUUGUUGUAACGCAUGCGCCAUUAUCUAGCGUGACAUACCGUAAAGUUUCGGCGUUGUAAUUAAACUCUGAGAAGCGCGAAUGCAUAAUAACAGCAUAAUUUUCCUUUUCUUGUUAUUUCGAGAUACUAUAGUUGCGAAUAAAGUUGCCAAACCUUCAUUUUCACCCCUGUAUCUGUAACGCAAUGACAUUUGAUAUGCAAUGGCGUUAUGUAAUCGGUAUACCGCGUGACUUAUUUUUCAACAUCGCUGUUAAAGUAAAACCAUUCAGUUUUUUUUCGUCUACUUCAGUGAAAAUAAGAUGGUUAUUAAAGUCGGUUAGAGCUAGAGAGCAGAAAAAGUUGUGUGCUAUGUUAAUUUCUAUUUUCGGACGGUCUACCAUCAUCCACGGUCUACCAUUCUGCAACAGUAACAAAUAGAAUAUAUUAUUAUAUUUAUCUCAUAUGAUGGUAGACCGUGUAGACCGUGUAGACCGUUGAAGCAUGUAAAUUCCUGACAUUGCUGUGCUGGAAAAUUGCUUUUCUUGGGGAUAGUGUCUUCCUUUUUGCAAAGAAAUAAAUGUCCUUACCAAGUACAGAACUACAAAGCCACGUUAUAUGCGAGCUCUCGCGAAUAUGUUACUGAAAUACGCACGUGAAUUUUCAUUAUCUGAUGCCUAUAGCCACACUCGGGCUUCAAAAUCGAAACAAAGUUGUAAGACGACCAAAGAGUAAACACAAAUCCAAACUUGUGUUAAGUAAAGUGAAGUCGCCAACAGCUGCUUUUUAGCGUAACUUUUCUUUCCUGUAAAUGGCAGGCGAUAAAAGAGGAACCACGUCCACGUACUUAUCGGAAACAACAACAAAAAGCUAUCUCCUUGAUCUAGCGGGGCAUCUUACGUCACUUUCCUUCCAUAAAUAAACAUCUUUUAACCGAGUGCGAAGAAAAUAUAUUAUUUUUCGCAUCUCUGUAGCGUUUUAGGACCAAAAACCCCUUUCGUUGCAGCUUACUUAAGAUGGUGUGGCAUCUUUUGCCACGUGCUUCCUUUAAAAGCCCAAGUUGUUGCAUAUUACCACAUAAACAAAAGGGCCGAGAACUGCCGUUUUUGUCUCGCCAUUUUUAAACAGGCAAACCGACAAAAAUGAAAUACUGUUUUUUAUAACCACCUCCUUAGAUGCUAAGAGUGCACCACGUUUUACCCCGUUUAAUAAUCGUGCACCACGGCUAUAGGGGUAUGAAGGACUCAGACAACCAGUUGCAAAAAUGAUGCGACACUCCCACGGAAAAACGACCUUUCUUGCUUCAAAUCGCUCCUGGUCACAGGUCUGUAAAAUAUAAUACUGAUCUCCCUCCUCCCUCCCAUUCAAAGUUGUUCCUCCAAGUUUUGAGUAUGGUCUUGUAUUGCUAGCAACUUUGAUAAGGGGUGGAGGGGGGAUCACAAGCACAAGAUCAUGGACAGGCCAUUUAUGCCAAAAUACGGUACAGUGUCUCAAGUACUUUUGCAACUGGUUGUAGCAUCUCAUUUAUUGAUGCACAAAAUGAAAAGAGCAUAGAGUGUUAGGAGAAACUACAAUAGUAACUAAAUUAAAAAAAUUAUUCACCAAAAAAUUCUUUUUGAAAGAAACAACUUUGCAAAGAAUGAUUUGCACACACCAUAGCCCACACAGCUGGCACAGAUGACAACACUCACCUCUUUUCCCUACUAUCAGUCAACAAAUUCAAACGUUCUCUCUUUAAUUUAUGUUAUAAAACACAUGGUUAGUGCUUUAUCGUGUACUGUUAAGUUAUGGAUGCACUUGAGAGACAUCCUGGGGGGAUUGCUAAACUCACGAGGUAUAGUUUAUUUGCGUCAUCAAGGUGCUCAAUGGGAAUAUGUAGCACUCUUGGGCUAUUGAAUUUGAUUAGGUGAAUGUUCUAGCUAUGUUAUAAAAGAUCGUAGAUUUUAUUUAUUUCAAUAAUUAUGGCAUGCAGCAUUUAUUAACAGUCAACAUUAAUUCCCUUUCCCUCCCAUGGCCAGGACAUAGUGUGGAGUAAGUGGGGAAUUUACUCUUACAGGAACAAAGAAAUGGUGUAGGUCAAAGAUCACUGAGGCUUGGAUGAGGCUAAUAUCUUCCAAGGAGGACUGCCAUGGGUCUAGAAAAGUGAUACUAAAAGAGUGGGAGACAAGGAUUGUCUAAACGUGCUUAAAGUGAAUGUUUUAAAUGUGGCAGUGUUAGCUUAGUCGGUAGAGUGUGUUGACUGCAGUGUGGGAGGUCGCGGGUUCGAUUCCCCGGGGCCGGACCAAUACUCAGGGUCUUAAAAUAGGUACUGCCCUUGCACCGCAAAUGGCUAGACCCUCGUGUGACUCGGAUGACCACAUAAAAUGGCGGCCCCAUCUCCAGUUGGAGACGUAAAAUAUAGUGUCCCCAAUUAGUACUUUCGUGCUAAUUACAUUGACACUCAAAUAAAGUGCAUUCUUCAUUUGCCAGCCAUGCACCAUAAAUUGGUGCUGUGUGAUAUAGUGUUGUCUUGAGUACAUGUAAGUUAACCAACUUUGAUCAAAACCUUUUUAGCUACGUCAUAAUAUAUGAGAAAGGCUACCAAGAAACCCAGACACCAUACAGUGCAGUAACAACAAAAGUGAAAGGAACUUCAUGGACCAACUUGACAAGCGCAUUGAAGCAUAGUAAUUUUUCACUGUAUGAUGGUAUGUUUGUAUGGGAUUCAUCUGACUACAUCGUACCACCAGAGGUAAUUUGUCUUUCUUCUUCAACAGCCUUUUCCACAGACUUGUGAUUUUUUGUGUGAGUUUUGCUAAGAAAUUCUGGUCAUUUCUUCAGUUAGCAAUUUUAAGAGUAUAGAAUGGUCUAUCCAAAAAUGGCGAGUAUUGUAAAAUAUUGGCUAACGGAGUCUGGCAUUCUUAUUCUUAGAAACUUGGACUUGCUAGGAUUAAGAUAGCACUGAAUUUUGAAAAUUGGUCUUAAAGUCUGGUAAAAUCUAUAUUAGCUAAGUGUACUUUUAAUGUUAUUUCGCUUGGCAGCAAAUUAUGGACUGUGAAAUGCAGUGCAUCAAAGAGUUCAUUUUUUUAAUGUGUUAGGAAUCAUGGUCAUUUUAAAUCUUUUCAGCUGUUUUUUGUUUCUUUUUUCAUAUUUUUGUUCUCUUAUUUGUCUGUGUCUACAGAAAUGUGUUUCCAUUUCUCUAUACCUACUCCAUGGAGGGUCAGUAAAAAUUUGAUAGGGGAGAGAGGUCUUAAAUGCUAACUUUAAAAGGAAAAACAAAGAAACUAAACUGGAAUUUUCGGAGGGAUUGGGGAGUUUAAACCAAUAAACUUCUGUGGGGAAGAGUAAGGAUAUUUUUUGGAACAAAACAAUGCCAAAAAAGGAGGAAAAAAGAACUUGGUGGACUUCGCAUUAAUGGCAAAGAACAGGUACACUGCAUUUCUGCUAACAAUGAAUUCUUUAUGUCUCAGGAAAAUGGAGCUUUCUUUGUGAUGACAAACAUGAUUAUUACACCUGAUCAGACACAAGGCAAGUGCCCUGAAGACCCUAAUGAGAAGGAUGUGAUCUGUAAAAGUGACAGCGACUGUCAGGCCAUGGAACCAGUCAAGUAUGGACAUGGUGAGUUUUGGUAGAAAAUAUAAGCUUCUAUUUGUAGAGUCAUUAAUGGUGAGUGAGAAGAUCUUUGGCAUCCAGGGUUUGUAGACUAUUAGCUUAUCAUCUUGUUGUUUUUUUUUACUUGAUCAGCUUGCAUACUUUAUUAUUUUAAUAAAGUAAAGAAUGAUCCUUGCAUUUGUUAACUCAAUGUAUGCAAUUGCAUAAGAGAAGCCUGAAUGAAUGAAUGCUUUAUUAGCUACUACUGAAAAUUAAUUUUUGGUUUAGGCAUCAAGACAGGAAAAUGUAUUCAAGCAGAUCGUGGUACACCCAGGAAAAAUGUCUGUGAGAUUUACUCAUGGUGUCCAGUUGAGCUUGAUAUUCUGCCAAUGCCAAACUUCAACCUCACGUAAGAUCCUUUAAAUUAACUCUUUUAAGUCCCAAUAGUGACCAACAUCAAUUUUCUCCUAACAGUAUCCAUACAAUGUCAAGAGAUUAGGUUACGAGAAUUAAUAAAAUGAUCACCUAAGGGAAAAUGCCUUGAUCUUUUAUCAAAUUCUCUCAACUCAUUCUUUAAGGAAAUGUAUAGAGAUCAGUUUGGAGAAUUUGUACAUGUAUAUUGGGGCCCAAGGGGUUAAUAGCAUUUUUUUCAUGUACCUUAUUCUAGGAGAUAACACUCCAUAAAAUUAAUAAUCUAAGGUGUUGGAAAUAAACGCAAAUCAACACACAUUUAGUGGAAAACAACUUUUAUUGUUCCCUAUUGUUUCUCUACAGAAAAGGAGACCCUCUUUUGAAAACGGAAGAUUUUACAGUGUUGAUAAAAAACAGUGUCCAGUGGCCAAAGUUUAAGGAGUCGGCGUAUGUACUAAUUCACUUAAGAAAUGUUCCUGUAAUUUAUAUUUUAUCAAAUGUCUUGAUACUUAUGGUGAUGGUGAUUAUCUGUGGUAGUGAAAUAAUGCAGGGCCAGGCAAAAUGUAGUGCUACAUUGCUCCAACAUAUGCAAUAGACCAUUCAAAGUUUUUUUCAACUUUUGACAUGGAAAAGUUAGGGAAAAUCCAUCAACACCACUGGAAAGAGCCCCUGUAAAUUAGUAAAACUGCCAAGUUUGAAUGUGAUUUGUUGAAAACUAAUGAAGAAAUAGCUUCCAGUGUGCAAAGAAAGUAGUGUCCAAUAGCCCGGGGCUAGUGGAUUUGGCUAUUGGGCUAGCAAAUUCUGUUCUUAACUUGCCCGACGGGCAAGUGAAGUAUUUUGAGGAAUUCAACUGACAGAAGAACUGUGAAAUCAAUUCUGCUCAUCAAAAAAUUUUGGGGGCUAGUUGAAAUGACGUUUGGGCUAGUAAAUUUUAGCUUCAGCUUGCCCUGGGCAUGCUACAAAAAUUAUUACUUUCUUUGCACCCUGGCUUCUCAAAGUCACAAAAUGUUACAGACGUUUGUAUGGUGGGGAGGGGGGGGGAGGGCACCAUACAAAUAUCUGUAAAUUUUUGCAACUGCCCAGAGCCAUAUCUUUGCUUACUAAGGAUGUAUCACUUUCAAAAAUGGCAAUUUCACUAAUUUUACUUAAGGCACUUUUUCCAGUGGUGUCGAUGGAUUUUCCCUAGGUGGUCCAUGUCGAAAGUUGAAAAAACCUUGGAAGGGUUCUAUAUAGUCUGGGAUGGUGCAGCAUGGUGGAAUAACCCAUUGGGCAAAUAUAAGGAUUGCAGGGUGAGAUUGUAAGAUCUUAUCUGUAGCUCACCCAUUUUGAAACAGUUAUUGGAUGAGGUUUUUGUGAUAUCCAGAAUAAUCAAGGUAGAGGUGUAAGUGUUUGGUCUUGGCUGAUAACACUUACAAAGACCUUGAUUACUUGGAAUAUAAUAAAAACUGAAUCCAAUAAUCAUUUUUAUGAUACAUUGUUUUGAAGAAAAUAAAAACAAAAUUACACUGUUGCAUCAAACACAAUUCAACAGUACUGUUAGAAAUCGUGCAUUGAACACUCAUAGCAGCCUGGAGGUAAGUCAGCUACCUGCUAGUUGUUAACUAGCUUCCCUCCCCCCAUACCCCAGAUAGGAAUGAUUAAGACUAUAAAUAAAACGUCUCAAGCUGAGGUCAGCUCUAACAAUGCAGUUUACAAUCAGUCCUGCAGGGGCAAAUUUUUAACUAGCCUCCCACGCAAACGUUCUUAGGGGUUCGUCACGCGUUCCUGCCCCACGAACGUCUGCUGACUUGAGUGGAAAAAAACGUAGACCAAUCACAGCAGACUUCCAGAUCUGGGAAGUGCACUUUGGACCCGGAUAAAUUUCGCGCUUGACUUUAUAGCUACAGAAAAGAUCAGAAAGGUCUCAUUAAAGGUAAAGACCUUACAGUUUUAGAACAAACUACUCAGUUAACUCACAAGCGUUCUUACUAGUGGCUACCCUCACAAUCUCAUUGAAAAAAUUACCUUGGAGGUUAAAUUUGCUGAAUGGAAGUUGGCUUUACUACAAAACAAUAACGUGUGAAAAAAAAUUCUGCCUUUUGUUCAGUCUUACAAGGUAACCCCACUGUUGCAUCACCCAAAGAACAACUUAAUGAGCAUAAUGAGCAAACAACAUCUAAUCCAGCCUUUACAGAGAUACAACAACCCAUCACUUAUCUCCUAGAUUUUUGUCUGGAGCAAAAACCUUUGGUCACGUAUCACACUCUACAGAGCUUGUACGUAUGUGUUUGGCUUGUCAACACUUUGACUUCAACAGAGCCGAUUGGAUCUCCGAUAAUCUACAUGUGAUCUCCAGCUGAUAUUUGCGAACAAUGGGAAAGGAAUUUGUCUUUCAGUACAGCAGACGUUCGUGGGCCAGGAACGCGUGACGAACCCCAAAGAAUGUCUGCUUGGGAGGCUAAUUUUUAACAGGCACUGAGGGUAUCUUUCUGAUUGGGGUUCCAGGCUUAUCCUUUGAAUUGAAAUUUUUCUUAUACUAUGUAGUUGACAUUUUAAAGAUGUUCUUAUAAAGUUUGGUUUGUUCUGAAAUACCUGUGUCAACAAUGCUAGUUUCAGCCAAUUUAAGGCACUUUUGGAGACAAUGUAAUGAAACUGUGAAAGGGUGGUUGAGUAUGAUCGUCCGGGUGAACAUGGUCACUGUCAACAACAACAGUCCUAUUCAGGACUACAUUCACCUGGAUGCUCAUGCUCAACUGACUUAUGACAAUGUAACGAGUUUCAGUCAAUAAUAUAAAUAGCUCAAAAAACAGCUGAUAUCAUCCUAAACUGACCUUUUAACUGUAGUUUCUAACAAAAUAAUUGGUGGGUUAGAGGUGCUUUUAGGUAUACAGAAAGGUACUGUAGUGUGUGUGUGUGUUGGGGGGGGAGGUGUUCCUUUGGCAUGUGCUCUUUCAGAUCCUCAGAUAUGUUAUUUUUGGCAAUCUGGCAGAAUUUUGCAUUACAGAUGCCAUCACUACAACAGUUAAAUUUUUUUGGUGAUUUAACACAAUAUUUUUCUCAUCUGGGCUCCCUCUUUGAACCUUAUUUUUUAAAAUUAAUUAAUUAAGUUAUUGUUUUAUUUAAAAUUAAUAUUGCUUGCAUCUUUGUCUCACAGGCGAAAUAUUCCACCCAAUAAAAAGGAAUCUUAUCUAAAGAGUUGUACUUAUAACCCUAAGACUGACCCUCUCUGCCCGAUUAUCAAGCUGGGAACCAUCGUUAAAGAAGCAGGGGAAGACUACAAGAAACUGGCUUAUAAGGUAAAAGAAAAUGUCUUAAGCACCAAAAUUUGUGUAAUUUAUAAGAUCCCCUGGUGGAGAUAGGGCUGCUGCAAAUGAGGUUGGUGUUUUCUCUUUUUUCAUGUUGUUUUUCAUUAUUAUUUUCUCUUUCUCUCUUCAGGGCGGUGUAAUGGCCAUUAUCAUUGACUGGGAUUGUGAUUUUGAUCCUUUAACUUAUUCUUGUCAGCCCAAGUACUCAUUCAGAAGGUAUUUAUUAUGGUACAUAUAAAGCAGUUCCUAAUAAAUUUGCAUGUACAGUCUAAGCUAUUCAAGAAACAUAUCAAUGUUUUACUAUAGGACUGAUGUUAUUAACCUUAACUUGAUCCAUACUUCAAUGUUGAUUUGUUGUGUUUAUCUUUCUCGUUUUUUAGACUUGAUGAUGCUAAUGCUGCAAUUGCUGCUGGGUAUAAUUUCAGGUAUCUAAUCAGCCUGAGCAAGGGCAAGUUCUAGCAGGCUUUAUAACUUAUUUGUGUUUUACUGGAGUUGGCAUUGAUUUCUAUUAUUUUUAUCUGCAGCAAAUUUCGAUACGUUUUGUUCAUAUUCUCUUUUCCAAGAUAUGCCAGAUACUAUGAAAAGGAUGGCAAGUUACACCGAACCUUAUUCAAAGCUUAUGGAAUUCACUUUGACGUUAUGGUUUAUGGCCAGGUAAUGAACAUUAUGUGACUGGCUACAAAAUUGCAUGCCAUUUUUUCAAGAAACAAAUGUUACUUGUUUACACAUGUUUACCAGUACCUGAUCAAAUUACAUGCACGUGCUUCAAGUUCUGAUCGGUUUGUAAGCCAUGUUCUGCUAUGAAAGGAGCCAGAUUUUCCAAAAGUUUCUUCUAAAACCAGUUUUCUGUUUGGUACUUCCUUGAAAUUGCCUGCAAUUCUUUGUGCAUAUGAUAAUUUGUUGCUUGUAUACACGAUAACUUAUUAACUACAUUAGCUAUUAAAUGUAAAGUUGUGGGAAGUUUAGCAGGACCUUGGCUGAUCAUUUUUUUCCCACAAUAAAAAAUUUACAGCAUUCAGAGGCCUCAAUAAUGAACGAUUAUUCCGUAUAUUUUAUUCUCAUGCUGUAUGUUUUCUUUUUCAGGGUGGUAAAUUUAGCGUUGUACCAUUAUUUGUCAAUAUAGGCUCUGGUCUCGCUCUUUUAGGAAUCGUAAGUUGAUAUUUUUUACUACAAAGUUCUCUUGGCGUCCAUGAAUUACACCCAUUUGCUCUUCAACAGUUUUCAGAUGUAUAUCUAGACUGCAAACCACUUUCUUGUUCUGUUUGUUUUUUCCAGGCAACAGUGUUGUGUGAUAUAGUUGUACUAUAUGUAGUAAAACGAAAGUCAUACUACAGAGAGAAAAAGUACCAGUAUGUUAAUGAUCCAGAUGAAAGCGGGUCUGAGGUAAGAAAGCUC